AUGGUUGAUUCGCCAGACUCUGCGUCUUCAGGAACAAGGAGCUCCCGCGCUAGACGACCACCCCUCAAAUCCCCAUCGCCUGCGUCAGCUUCGCGUCAAUCCCUCUCCAGACAAUCAUCAAAAUCCGCGGCCGACAAGGCGGAUCUGAAUUUGGAUAUGGCUUCACCGUCGCCCAGCAGACCACGUAGAACGAAUGCUAGGGUACCGAGCGCAUCAUCCCUCACAGCCAUCAAGAAGGAGGAUCCUGUCAGGAGAGGUCGAAAGCCCAAAAUCGCACCAGCAAAAGUCCAAGACGAAGAAGAUGGUGACGGGCAGGAGGAUGAAGAUGAGGAGGAGGAAACAAGACGCACUACUUCUGGACGGGCAUCGCGACCUACGCGACCAGCCCGGAAUGGAUCGUCUGGGGCAAAGCCCUCAAAAUCUGAAGAUUCUGACGAGGAAGAGAAUGUAGCGGAUGGGGAUGAGGAAAUAUCAGUGGACAAAACGGACACUGAGGCCGCAGAGACACCAGAGGAAGAGGAUCUUGAAGAAAUUGAGGGCGAAAUCGAGGAGGCAGGCGAGGCCAAGGUUACAAAGGAUGGCGAACUCUUGGGAGGACGCGAAUACAGAUGCAGGAGCUUUAGGAUGCCAACAAGAGGCAGCAGAGUGUACAUGCUAUCGAUGGAUCCUGCACGAGUUCUUGGAUUCAGAGACAGCUACCUCUUCUUUUUGAAAAACCCGCAGCUUGUUCGCGUCAAUACUACAGUUGAGGAGCGAACAUGGAUGAUUGAGAACGGCAUGCUGAUGGCCAACUUCAAAUCAAAACUGAUUGCAGUCGUGACAGCUCGAUCGAUCUUCAAGUAUUUUGGACACAGGAUUAUCAAGAAAGGACGGAGCAAGGUGGAUGACUACUACGAAUCGCGUGCUGUCGAGGGUGAUGAUAUGGAUGAUACAGACGAGGAAACAUUAAGGAUAGGCGAUCAGGAUGGAUCGCAGUUCAAUGGCAGUGCUCAGGAUGAUGGCCUUGCCAGUGGAAAGCGCAAGCAUACACUUCUUCAAUUGGAUAUGCCGAUGCGACAAGUGACAGAUCUCAAUUGGAUGUAUGAGAGCGCUAUGGCUGUUCGCGCACUCAAUUCACAGCUGAAAGAUUUGCGAAAGGACAAUCCAAAGUUUUUGGACCCACACACCAACAUUGAGCAGGUACCGCUAGCAAAACAGCCCACACGGUGCGAGGUUGAAGUCGCAUCGACUGUAACGAAGCAAGGAUCAGAGGACCAAGCUAAUCAAUCAACGGAUUCAACAGUGCUGUCCAUCCCGCGUUCAAUUGGGCCCAGGGUUGAUACUGUCAUCAAAGUGGAAAUUAAAGGAGGUGCACCGGCACCGCCUACCAUUCAGGACCCAAACAUUUGGGCGGUCAUUCCGGAAGAUGUUCGCAAAGCAUUGGAAUCUGCCGAGGCAGCCAAGCCCAAGGAAGAGGACAACGAGGAUCUCACAAAGUUUCCGCUUUCGCUUCUGGAGGGACAAUAUCAAGCUGCUUUCCCAGUACAUCAAGCACGAUUCCAGCAGCCAUACAGGAUGGUAGUGCCACAAAGUAUGUCUGCACAUGCACAUUAUAUUCACCACCUCUAUUCAACACAAUAUCCAGGACAGACGGGUCCAAUCAUGGAGCAGGCCUUACUACCAGGACAGGUUGCAGCACAGGACGCGAGAAUGCUUCAGUGGCAACAGCAGCAACUACAACAACAACAGCAGCAACAACAACAACAACAGCUGCUCCAACAGCAACAGCAGCAGGCCAAACUUCAGCAGAAACAGCAAGAGUUGCAGGCCACAAAAAAGCCAGAAACGCCACCAACACAGACGCAUGGAAUUGUUUGCGGAGCUUUACUGAAAACAGGUUUGGGCUACUGCCAGCGACUUGUCAGCAGGCAGGGAGAGCUCUGUCCUAACCACCGCGGUCCCGAUUCCGGUGCGAACGGCAAACAGGAGCUGGACACACCAAGGAUUGUCUCAGCGAUUGCGUCCUACCCUUGGCAGUGCAAUGACUGCAAACUGUGCGUGGUCUGUCUGGAUGCUGGCGAUGAGGCUUCGUUGCUGAUCUGCGACGACUGCGAUCGUGGUUGGCAUAUGAGUUGCUGUGACCCCGCCAUCAAAGAAGUCCCUACAGGAGAAUGGCUGUGCUCGUUCUGUGCAAUGUGUCAUUCGUGUCGUGGCACGGAGGCGUCAAUGACAAAGUACAAGCAUGCUAUGAGCACUGUGUCAGGAUCGAACAAGCACCCGACCUAUCUUUGCACAUAUUGUACCAACUGCCAUGACAACUUCUCAAAGGGACGUUUCUGCCCAGUUUGUUUGCGCACGUACCGUGGCGAUGGCGGCGAGGAUGAUGGUGGAUCAGACGUCGUGGGUGAGGAUGAGAACAACAUGGUCUGCUGUGACGAGUGCAAUCGCUGGGUACACAUGGACUGUGAUGGCGAGCUGUCGGAGGAGAAGGUCGAGGAGAUGGGUCGAGACGAGAGUCUGAAGUAUACGUGCCCACCAUGUGCAGGCAAGGUCGCACGUCUUCGGACAGCAUUAAGCGUCCCCAUCGAGGUUGCCAUGCAGAGCCUUCAGGGACACACCCCACCUCAGCCAAAGGUGUGUGGAACCCUUGGAGGAAAGAUGCGCAUUCGAGGACUGGUUGAGUACCAGGGUAAGAAGCUGGGGGUGCCAGAGAUUAUUGGCUCAGGAGUGGAGUAUGACCGAAAGUUAGUGAUGGAGCUAACUGCAUUGAGAGUCAAGAGCGUUGGUGCUACGAAGCGGAAGAAGGGCCGUCCGUCGACGAAGAGUCCUGCGCGUCGUGCGUCGAUUGCUUCGACUUCAUCAUCCCUGUCAUCAUUGACAGGGUCUGUCGAUAGCUAG